AGGGGGUGUUCAGGGUUCGAGGCUGCGCGGCAGGAUCGGAGAAAUCGGCCCAAAGUCUCGAGGAGGCACACAGCAGGUGGCAGCUUCCCUUCCUUGAUGAACAUUACCAAACCGGACGGAUUAUUUUGGCAAUCAGGAAGCUUUCAUGUUAAUCUUUUCCUAAGACCCUCGAAUGACCAGAUCCAUUCAGCUGUACCUCACAACUUGCCUUUGAUUUGUAGUUGGGAAACAAAUGAAACCAUGUCGAGGUUUAGGAAGAAUCAUUUGAUCUGAAACGUUACCUCUGAUGUCUCUCCACAGCUGCUGCCAGACUUACUGAGCUUUUCCAGCAAUUACUAUUUUUGCAAUCCAUGUCGGGUUCUGAUGGAGACGGCGUAUUUACUAUAAUCUCAGUAUUGUGAAAUUUUCAACAUGGAAGGAGAAAGCACUGUUGACAGUUGCAAGAAAUCGUUCACGUGUUCCUUGUGUGGGCAAGACUUCAACCAACCAUCCGACCUAUUAAAACAUAAGUGUAGUGAUGAUGGGCGGAAACUAUGGAAAUGUGAGGACUGUAGGAAGGGAUUCAAAUCCCCAUCCAAGCAGGAAAGCCAUCGGCGCAGUCACAGUGGGGAAAGGCCAUUCACUUGUUCCAUUUGUGGGAAGGGAUUCACUCAGUCAUCCCAUUUAUUUGCACACCAGCCUACGCACACUGGGGAGGGACCGUUUACCUGCUCAAACUGUGGGAAGGGAUUCACUCGGGUAUCCAACCUACUGAGACACCAGUGCACUCAUACUAGUGACAAGGCAUAUAAAUGUCCAGACUGCGGGAAGUUAUAUAAAAAUUCCGGGGAAUUGAUGCACCAUCAAUGUAUUCAUACUGACGAGAGACUGUUCAAGUGUCCUUAUUGUGGGACUAGGUUCAGGCGAUCAUCCUACCUCACUGUCCACCAGCGAAUUCACACAGGGGACAGGCCAUUCAGCUGCUCUGAGUGUGGUAGAGGUUUCACUCAGCUAGCUCACCUGCUGACACACCAGCGCGCACAUACCGGGGAGAGACCGUUUCCCUGCUCUGACUGUGGGAAGAAGUUCACUCAGCUUUCCAACCUACUGAGACACCAGCGGGUUCACACUGAUGAGAGACCGUUUAAAUGCCCAGAUUGUAGCAAGUUCUUCAAAAGUUCCAGGGAAUUGAUCUCCCAUCAACGUACUCACACUGAUGAGAGACCGUUCGGAUGCUCUCGCUGCGGGACUGCGUUCAGGCGAUCAUCUCAACUCACUGUGCACCAGCAAAUUCACACCGGCGAGAGACCAUUUACCUGCCCUGAGUGUGGGAAAGGAUUCAGUGACUCGUCCAACCUGCAGAUACACCAGCGGGUUCACACUGGGGAGAGACCUUUUAAAUGUCCAGACUGCGCAAAGUGCUUUAAAAGUUCCGGAGAGCUGAUGUCCCAUAAACAUGUUCACACAGACGAAAGGCCAUUCAAGUGCUCUCACUGUGGGGCUGGGUUCAAGCACUCAUCUCAACUCACUGUUCACCAGCAAGUUCACACCGGGGAGAGACCGUUCACCUGCUCCGUGUGUGGGAAGGGGUUCAGUGAUUCAUCCAACUUGCUAAUACACCAGCGAGUUCACACCGGCGAAAGACCUUUUCAGUGCCCAGAGUGUGGGAAGUGCUAUAAGAGUUCGGGGGAACUGAAAUCCCAUCAACGUGCUCACACGGACGAGAGACCGUUCAGCUGCCCUCGCUGCGGGAUGAAGUUCAAACGGUCAUCGCACCUCACCGUCCACCAGCGGGUUCACACUGGGGAAAAGCCGUUCUCCUGCUUCAAGUGUGGGAAGGGAUUCACUCAAUUAUCGCAUCUCCUGAGACACCAGCAAAUUCACAAAAUCUGCAUGCAUGUUCUGUGCGUAUACAAGGCUUCAACUGAUCGUCCAGCCAAGGGCACCCACAUCAUGGAGAAACCAUAUAAGUGUGGGGAUUGUGGGAAGGGAUUUAAUUACCCCUCUCAGUUAGAAUACCAUCGACGCAGUCACGUUGGAGCAGGCAUCAUGGAGAAACCGUGGAAAUGUGCAGAUUGUGGUAAGGCAUUCAAUUUUCCUUGCCUGCUGGAAAUUCAUUGUCGCAGUCACACUGGGGAGAAGCCAUUCAUUUGUUCCAUAUGUGGGAAGGGAUUCACUAAGUCAACCAAUUUGCUGAGACACCAGCGAAAUCAUUCGGACGCGAAGCCUUUCAGUUGCACUUAUUGUGGAAAGAGUUUUGGACAGUCCUCGAACCUCACUGCACACCAGCGCAUUCACACUGGGGAGAGGCCGUUCACCUGUCCCGAGUGUGGGAAGGGAUUCACUCAGUCAGCCAGCCUCAUGUUGCAUCAGAGAAUUCACACCGAGGAAAAGCCAUUCAGCUGCAGCUAUUGUGCAAAGAGGUUCAGGCAGUCUUCUGACCUUGCUGCGCACCAGCGGGUUCACACUGGGGAGAAACCGUACACCUGCUCUGUGUGUGGGAAGGGAUUCACCCAUUCGUCUGGCCUUUGGUCACACCAGCGGGUUCACACUGACGAGAAGAUGUUUGUUUGCACUUCCUGUGGAAAGAGGUUCAGGCACUCUUCUGGCCUCACGGCACAUCAGCGCACUCACACUGGGGAGAGGCCAUUCACCUGCUUCCUGUGUGGGAAGAGAUUCACUCAGUUAUCUCACCUGCUGGCACACCAGCGCGUACACACCGGGGAGAAGCCGUUCAUCUGCCCAGAGUGUGGUAAAGGAUUCGCUCAGUCCGCCCAUCUGCUAACACACCAAAGAGUUCACACUUGCCUGGAGCCAGACAAGGACACAUGCGCCACGGAGAAACCGUGGAAAUGUGGCGACUGUGGGAAAGGGUUCGAUUACCCAUCCCAGCUGGAAAUUCAUCGACGCACUCAUACGGGGGAGAGACCGUUUAUCUGUUCCAAGUGUGAGAAGGGAUUCACGCAUUUAUCCAGCUUGCAGGCACAUCAGAGAACUCACAACGGGGAGAGACCAUUCACCUGCUCUGUCUGUGGGAAGAGAUUCACCCAGUCUUCCAACCUGCUGAGGCAUCAGCGGGUUCACACCGGAGAGAGGCCAUUCGCCUGUUCUGAAUGUGGGAACGCCUUUACUCAGUUGUCCAACCUGCUGCAGCACCAGCGGGUUCACACAGACGAGAGACCUUUUAAAUGCCUAGACUGUGCGAAGUGCUAUAAAAGCUCCAGGGAACUGUCAUGCCACCAGCGUGUUCACACCAAUGAGAGACCAUUCAGAUGCUCUUACUGCGGGUCUGGGUUCAGGCGAUCGUCUCAACUCACAGAGCACCAGCGAAUUCACACCGGGGAGAGACCGUUCAGAUGCUCAGAGUGUGGGAAGAGAUUCACUCAGUCAUCCAAGCUGUGGAGACACCAGCGUGUUCACUCUGAUAUGAGAGCUUUUAAAUGCUCCGACUGUGAGGAGAGUUUUAAAAGCAGCAAUGACCUGCUGAAACACCAGCGCAUUCACACUGGGGAGAAGCUGUUCACCUGCUCCGAGUGUGGGAAGAGAUUCACUCGGUCAUUCACCUUGCUGAGACACCAACGACUUCAUGCUGGGGAGAAGCUGUUCAUCUGCUCCGAGUGUGGGAAGGACUCACUUGGUCAUUCACCUUGUUGCAGCAGCAGCGAGUUCAUUCCGAGGAAAGGCCGUUCACCUGAUCUGUGUGUGGGAAGGGAUUCACUUGUUCUUCCCCCACAGCUGAGAGACUCACGAGUUCCUGUAUAACUGCAGGGGUUGGAUUCUAUUUUUGCUGCUGUCCAUCAGCUGCAGGAUUGAAUGUAGGACUUAACUCUGAUGUGGGAAAGAAAUGAGCCUGAGCUGCGCUCUCACAUGGUUCAGAGCUCCUAGACAUGGAGCACACAGGCUCCUUUAAAACUGGUUUUUGAGGUUGGUAAGAACAACGGGGAAUGCUGGAAACAUUCUUGAAUCAGAAACUCGGAUUGAACUUGGAUUUGUUCCUGACUGAAAGUUGACCGUCCGAGAAUGACUGUGGUCGCUAUGGUCCGAGGAUUUAAAAUGUAUGUGUGAAUAUUCCUGAUUCUCCCAGUGUAUGUAGGGGCUAAAGCAACAGCAACUUGUAUUUAUGUAGAAACUUCCAGAUUGAUGCCUUAGGUUGAUGCCUUUUCCUCUGAAGAGCCAUGUACGUCAGUUAUUUUGGGAAGAAAAAUGUGUUGUUAACUCAUGCUUGUUAUCUUGUGCCACCUCAAAUAAUGUGUUAUCUGGGAAAUCAAUGCUUUCCUGAUUGCAUUAUAUUUAAUGGUGGGCUGACGAAUCUUGACGUUAUCGCUGAAGUAUUCUGCUUCUGCGUGAAUCUAAGUAUGGCAUCUGUCGGCAUGAAUACAGAGGGUAAUCUUAAUACGUGAUUGCAUCACCGAAUAAAGAAUUAAACAGCCUGAUGAUAUGCCUGGAAUAUUGUGUGCAGCUUGGUCUGCCUAAUGAGGAAGGAUGCGAUUAUCACGAAGGGAGUGUUUUGCCAGACUGAUUCCUGGGAUUGCGGGACUGGUAGAUGAGCGGAGAUUGAUUCAGUUAGGGUUAUGCUCACCGGACUUCAGAAGAAUGAUGAGGAAUCUCAUCGCAUCUUUUAGGUUUCUAACAGGACUAGAGAGGGUAGGUACAGGAAGGAUGUUCCUAAUUCUGGGGGACAUCCAGAACCAAGCAGUCCCGGUCUGGGGAUACAGGUUCAACCAUUUCGGACUGAGAUGAGGAGAAGUUCACCCAGAAGGUGGGGGAGCCUGUGAAACUCGCUGUCACGGAAAGCAAUCAAGGCCAAAACAUUGAACAGUUUCAAGAAGGAAUUAGAUAUAGCACUUGGGGUUAAAGGGAUGAAAUGAUAUGGGAGGGAAAGCAUAUUGAGAUGGAUUGCAGCCACGAUUAUCAUGAAUGGUACAGUAGGCUGGAAGGGCUGAAAGGCGAUCUUUACCUUGUCAGGCCGACACAUAACUCCAAACCCACAGCCAGUGUGGUUGAUUCUUAACUGCCCUCUGGGCAAUUAGGUAUGGGUAAUAAAUGCUGGCCUGGCCAGUGAUACCCACAUCAUGUGAAUGAAUUAAAGAAAACAAAAUAGCACAUUAUUGCAGGUGAAUAGUUUGCUGUUAAUUGACUCUUGUUUUUCCCCCAAUUUUAAAAUUGGAAGUGAAACCAGUCAUUGUACAACACUAGAGUGGAUCACUGUUAGUUCAAAAUCUCCUGAUUGGUUAUGGACUUAUAAUUUGCAGUGCCUCUUGAGAGGUUCAAGUCUUUUGGAUGCUGUUACUGUCCAGAAUUUGAUUUGGGCCAAGUUCAAAUGAACAAAGCUGGUUGCAUAGCAUGAAUGACAAAGGUUGUGUGUAAUUGACUGAUAAGGCUACGUUUGGAAAGCAGAGACUGAAACCCCGGCUACCAGUGGGCUUUCUAAACAGAGGCAUGGCUCAGUUGGCUGAACGGCUGGUUUGCGAUGCACAGUGACAUGAACAGCGUGGGUUCAAUUCUUGCACCUGCUGAGGGUAUCGUGAAGGAUCCUCCCUCUCCACCCAUCCCCUCACUUGAGGUGUGGUGACCUACAGUUUAAAAUGCCACCAGUUGUGUCUCUCCAGUGAGAGAGCAGCCCUGUGGUCUUCGAAGUUGAUAGCGACUUUACCUUUCAGUAUCGUAGACAGGGAAAACCUAGGAGAAAGGAUGCCCAGGUAGAGCAUUAGAGAGCUGACUGAGGCUAAAAUAUUAAAAGUAGAGCCUUGAAGCUGCUUGUGUCAGUGAGUAUAGGGACAUCAGGGAAAUGAUUGAAAACAGCAUGUAACGGCCUUGUGAUAAGAGGAAAGCAAAGCAACGAUGAACACACAGAAUAUCAUGUGAUUCGGUGAGGCGAUCAUUGCUCACUUGAACUGUGACUGGCCACCUGAAGACCCCCUCAAGCAAAAGCCAAUGUGACAAAUCAGAGUCAGAAAAUAAAGAUCCAAUGAGAGAACAAGCAUGAAGGGGAAAGAUUGAGACUGUGAAAGCUCCAAGAAAAAACCCUUGUGUCUCUCCUGUCCCAUUGUCGAUGUGAAUAAUGUACUCCACAUUAAAUUGUAAAUUGCUGCACUUGUUUGUCACUAUAGAUUACUCGAAAGCAGAUGAAUCUGUCGUGAAUUUGUCUCAAUAAAGUAGAUUUCUAA